AUGGAAAAAGUUCCUACCCGUCUCAAUGUGGCCCCCGUCCCACCAGACGAGAUCUUCGCCUUGAACGGCGCCUACUUCGCCGAUACCCACCCGCAAAAGGUCAGCCUGGGCGUAGGCGUUUACCGCACAGACGACGGCAAGCCAUGGCCCCUACCAGUCGUGGAGAAGGCCGAGAAGCAGCUGGCGGCUGAGAACGACCUCAUGCGACACGAAUACACCGCGAUCGAGGGCGAUGUCCCGUUCCUGGGACUGGCGCGGGACCUGAUGUUUGGGUUCGAGAACGGUGACGGCGACGUCGACGCCAAGGCACGCAUCGCAUCAGUGCAAACCGUUGCCGGAACAGGUGCCAAUCACCUCGGUGCCCUGUUCCUGGCGCACCACAUGAAGCCGCGUAAUGUCUGGCUGUCGAACCCAUCAUGGGCGAACCACAUGACUAUCUGGGAAUUGGCCGGAGUACCCCGCAAGACCUACCCUUACUACCACGCUGCGACUCGGUCGUUCGACUUCGAGGGUAUGAUUGCUACACUCGAAUCCGAGGCACAGGAGGGUGAUGCUGUUCUUCUGCACGCCUGUGCACACAACCCCACCGGUCUGGACCCGAAUAAGGAGCAGUGGAUGGCCAUUGCGGAUGUGUGUGAGCGCAAGAAGCUCUUCCCCUUCUUUGACUCCGCGUACCAGGGUUUCGCCUCUGGAUCUGUCGAGGAGGACGCAUGGGCUGUCCGCUACUUCUUUAACAACAAACCUGAUAUGGAGAUGUGCGUGGCGCAGUCUUUCUCUAAGAACUUUGGUCUGUACGGUCAGCGUGUUGGUGCUUUCCACUACGUUACCAAUCGCAGUGCUACUGUUAUUCGCGAUAUCAUUGUCAACAACUUAUGCCAUUUGAUCCGUGGCGAGUUCUCCAUGGGCCCGCGUAUCGGUACCACUAUCGUGAAGAAGAUCUUGACAAACGAAGAAUUGGUCGCCGAUUGGCACCAGGACCUGCAGGUUAUGAGCUCCCGCAUUAAGACCAUGCGUCAGGCGCUGUACAACGAGUUGGUUCGUCUGAAGACUCCUGGCACUUGGGAGCACAUUAUUCAGCAGAAUGGAAUGUUCUCCUACACCGGUCUGACUCCCAAGCAAGUCUACGCUCUCAAGGACCAGUACCACAUCUACAUCCUUAAGUCCGGCCGAGCCUCCAUCAGCGGCUUGAGUGAGAAGAAUGUCAAGUACGUGGCACAAGCCAUCGACGACGUCAUUCGUACCGUGCUUUAA